AUGCCAACCUCCAAAAAGUCCAAAGACAUAAUAUUCCCCAGAUGGAAUAUAAAAUCGCACAACGAAGAUCUCUGUGUUGCCGCUUCGAUAGCUGAUGCCUGGCGCAGAAGCAGAACCCAAUCAACUCCAUUCUAUAAGAAAAUUAGGGAUAUCAAUAAAUCGUUAGUUAAUAUAUGUAAUAUUUCCAUGCGCAGCUCGACCUCCAUAUCUAGAUUGCCUCCACAGGCAUGGUGGUCCACCGAAAUCAAAGCUCUGAGAGUCCAAUGUCAGAAGUCUAGAAGAAUCUGGCAACGAUUAAAAAAGAAACUUUACAGGAACAGGGUCACUCCUGAAGUCGUUAUCUCCUCCGAAAAGGACUACAGAAAUAUUAAGAAAAAAUUAAAGCUAGCAAUCAAUAACGCUAAAAAUAAACAAUGGCAAAUAAUCCUCAACGGAAUCGAUGAUGACCCAUGGGGCCGUCCAUACAAGUGGGCCACGAAAAAGGAUAAAUUCUCUGGCACUCCUUUAACUGAACAUAUUAACUCUGACCUAUUACAACGAAUUUUAGAUAACCUUUUCCCUUUCCCUCCAAUCCAAAAACUUAAAAUUGGUACUUUUGGUUGGAGUGAUGAAUGGAGCGUAACGGACAGGGAAGUUGAAUCCGCUGUCAAAAAUAUGAUGAAAAAAAACUCAGCUCCUGGCUUGUCUGGC